GACUGAACAUGCUGACGGAGGCGGUGCCGCUGCUGCUGUGGUGUCUAUGCCUUGGCUCCUGUGGUUCUGAGCGCAUUAUUGAAGGGAAGGAGGCAGAGCCGCACUCCAGACCAUACAUGGCCACCAUUCAGCGCAGGGGAGAGCACGACUGCGGAGGGUUUCUCGUGGCGGAGAAGUGGGUCAUGACUGCCGCGCACUGCACGGGGGAGGAUACGGUGGUGCUUGGGGCUCAUUCCCUUCGCAAUAAUGAGUCCACAAAGCAAGUCUUCACCAUCGAAGCCUUCCACAGGCAUCCCAAUGCCUCUAACACAGGACACCAUGACAUUGCUCUGUUCAAGCUGAAGCAGCCCGCCACGCUGACCAGCGCGGUGCAGACCAUCGCGUUCCAGCGCAGCGGAGAGGACGUGCCGGCGGGGUCAGAGGUCACCACGGCGGGCUGGGGCUACACCACAAACAACAUCAAGCCUGACACGCUUCAGGAGGUCAGCCUCACGGUCCUGAGCCACCAGCAGUGCGCCAACAGGGACCACUACAGGGACAAGCUCACCAGCGACAUGAUGUGUGCUUCGUCAUGCACCGGGAAACGCACCCGGCUACUCUGCAAAGAUGCCUGCAUGGGUGAUUCCGGUGGUCCCCUCAUUUACAAAGACAUGGCGGUAGGAAUUGUGAUGGGAGGAGGGGAUUGCGGCAAAUACGACUAUCCCGGUGUGUACACAGUGAUUUCACACUAUGUCGACUGGAUCGACAGCAUCAUGGCUAACGAAUGAAUUACAUCACAUUGAAACAUGCCUCGUUCAAUGUGAAGAAAUAUCCCAGCACCAAUGCUUCAAUCAAAAUGCAAAUAGCAUU